GAUUAGUUGUGGCAGUAGUCUCUUAUCUUGAAAUUAAUAUCCUUCGAAUAUCCAGCACCUAUAGUUAUACUGGUUAUCAUAAAAAUAUUAUUGGAUAAUGGUGCAUCCGUUGCAUCACUACAAAGAGAAUAACCUAACUAUUAAUGAGGUACACGACAAAGGCUCUUCUUGAUCCACUACUAUUUUAUUAUAGUCCGAUAGCCAAAGAAGAAGACACCAUAUCGCAAUGCGUACUCUGCCGUUUCAUGUUAUUCGAGUUUAUCGACGUGUUCAUCAAUAUAAAAAGUAUUGAUGAUUUCACGAUGAAUUCAUUUAUGCUCGUGACGUUCACUAACGCGUGCUGGCGAGUGGCAAAAAUUUUGGCGGGACGUGGGAAAAUUUUAAAAGUGAUAAACUUGUUGACGUCUGAUUAUUGUGUAGCAGUUGAUAAACGGGAAGUGGAAAUAAAAGAAGGAUACGAUGGGAUAGCCAGGUGGAAUACACUUCGUUAUGUAAUAUUGGUUCAGAUAACAGUUGCACUUAUGCUAAUUGUACCCCUUUCCAAUGAAAGUCGGAAAAGGAUUUUACCAUUUAGAUCAUGGCUACCUUAUGAUUUAUCUUCUUUAAAAUUAUUUUGGUUAUCCUAUGUGCAUCAGUGUAUCGCCAUUAUGGCUGCAGCUUACAUAAAUGUGGCUACUGAUAGUUUCAUUUCCGGACUUAUGAUACAAAUAUGCUCUCAAUUGGACAUUUUGAAAUAUCGUUUGAUCAAGCUGCCACGUUUGUACAAUAUCAAUCAUCGAGAUGAAUUUUUAAGUUCCUUAACUCACUGCGUAUUACACCACGAGCAUAUAUUCAAAUUUGCUAGCGCGGUAGAGAGUGUUUCUAAUCCGAUUACAAUCGUGCAAUUUUGUGCCAGUGCCGUUGCAUUAUGCUCCAGUGUUUAUCAGUUAUCGAAACACAGUGUUGAUAGUGCGAAAUUUAUGCCGUUGAUACUUUAUUUACUUUGUAUGCUGUUCCAGCUAUUUUUUUAUUGUUGGUACGGGAACGAGGUCAUUCUUAAGAGCAUGGAAGUUCGAGAUGCGGUUUACGAAAUGGAUUGGAUAUUAUUGGAUAACAAUAAUAAAAAGGCUCUUUUAAUGAUGAUGAAACGAAGUGAAAGAUCAAUUCAAAUCAAAAGUGGAUAUUUUAUUGCCUUAUCUGUCGAGCCGUAUAUUAAGAUAUUAAAAGCAUCAUUUACCGCAUAUAAUGCGCUGCAACAAAUUUCAAAUUAAUUGGAUCAUUCGGACUAUUCACAUUCAAACGUAGAUCCCCAACUUGCAUUACCAUAAAGGCUAUUAUUCAAAAAUUAUAUAAGAUGACAAAAGACAGUUUGUUUGUGAAAAAAUUCAUUUGAGAAAUGUAGACGAAACUUUAGACAUCAGGAACUCCAAGAAAUGAUAAUAAAGUAAGGUGGACAGUCUCAAAUACAACAUAUUAGGUGAGAGGAAGUCAUCAUCGAGGACGUCGAGUUCCGUUGCUCUUCGACAGUCAGUACAAGAGUCGAUGGACAAAUUUCAAAAUGCAUAAACAGUCUCUGAGUUUUUUACUUUCUUCAAAAUUUGUAUUAUGAGAUGAUCAGAGUCAUUGAUUUUGUGUUAAAAUCUUUUAUAAUUAUUACACAACAUUUGUACUCUCCAUCAUAUGUAUAUCUCUUGCCGUUGUUGCAACUUGUGGUACUCCAGAUAAUGUGAAUGACUUCACAAAUGAUUUCUACUUAAUUCCAAGGCAGAUUGGCGCUAGUUGUAAAGUCAUGAAAACAUUAAAAAGAGGAAAGACAAAUAAUGAACUUGAUGAAUAUGUAGUUUAAGAAAUUUUUCCAGACUCAUGAUUUAGUGGAACAAUGGAUUCGGUAACAACGUAACCACGAUACUAGGUUUAUAUACAUUGCAAGUAUAAUGAAUGAUUUGUUACUUCAAUGGUAUUUAUCUGUAAUUAUUUAGGCGAAAUAUACAGAAGCCAGUAAAUUCUUUGUUCUAUGGACCAAAACAAUGGAUUCUCUCAUUCAAAUCUUGAUAUACUUAUGGUCCAUCAAGGUUGUUUUUCUACUGGAUUUCUUAUUUGCAAUAAUCACUGAAAACGAUAAUGUCGGCUUCAAUUAACCUCAUGUAUGAUACACUGGUUACGGAUUUGAUGACUCCAGAUUUUAGUCUUGUUUAAUUUUCACAAAUAUUAUUUUAGAAAUUUGACAAAUUCAAAUAAUUUUAAAAAACCGUACGGUCAUUUGGACAUGGAGGAAGAGCUGAUACUAUAAAACUGGCAUUACAAAAGUAUAUGAAUAAUUAAGCAUUGUGUAUAAUUUCUUUUGCAUGCAUGAAAAUUCUCAAUGACAACAGUUUUAAUUUUUCUAAUAAAUACAUAUACAAUGUAAAUAUCCGUAGAGUUUCGCAGUUGGAGGCACAGUGUAAAGAUAUGAAUUGGGUGGUAAUAUUAAUAUAUAGAGGCAAAAUGCAUUAAAAAUUAGAAUUUGUGCAACAAGACCAUUUACGUUUAACUGCAGCCCUGUUUUUUUUGUACGUUGCAAGUAAUUGACUGUAAUAAGAAAAUUGCAGCUUGUCAUAAUGCAUUCUUGAAGACUAUAUUUUUUGUUUGUGAUGUACGAGAUGUUGAAGGGGUAGUAUCCGAAGGGGACUCGUUGAUGUAACAAAUGAUGGGGUGAAAGAUGAUAAUAAUAUUAAUGAGACAUGAAACCUAUUCUUGAAUAGAAAACGGAAUAGGCAGCAUCGUUCACUACGUCUAGACAAAUUACAAUGCACAUAGUUCCUUUGUGCUUCGCUUUCUUCACGCUAGGCGGUUUCUGGCGUCCUGUUGGUUUUUCACAAUAAGAAAAGUUGUUCUAUAAUUUUUACAGUUCAAUCACAUUCCUCACAUUAUUUAAGUUUACCCUAUCCACGGCAACAGUUAUUUUUACACCCGUGAAGAACUUGAAUGUAUUAAGGAGUAAUUAAUUUUUAUUUAUUUUUUUAAUGAUCUGUUACUGUUACAAGGCUUUGAAAUUUUUAUUAAAGCACACAAAAAUCAUUGACACGAUGCACAUGCUGGAUUUUCUCAAUUUCUCAGUCAUGGAAUUUUUAGGAAAAAAAAUACAACAAAAAAUUGACGACACUUGUAGGUAUGUGUCAAGAAAAGUGAUUAUGAAAAUUCGUUUUACAAAAAGUAUACACGGUAUCACACAAUUAUGGUUGUACCAACUGUAAUGGCAAUGACUAGGGGGGGGGGGGCAUUUUCAAUGAUUUCAAUGAACGAGCUCUGCCGUUCAGGGCAUGACAGCCUUAUAUAGUCUCUCUUCAUUAAUUGUUUAUUGCUUAACCCAUUUACAUAAGGAUAUUGCAGUUUGCAAUUCCUGGAUUAAUGACUCAGAUCUGUGGACAAUUGGAAAUAUUGAAGCAUUGUUUAUGCAGCUUAUCUGGAACAGAAAAUUGUGAUCAAAUUGUAGAGGACGAAAGAAGAAUGUUGAAAUUGUGCGUUCUUCAUCAUAAUCACAUAAUGGAGUAAAUUUCAAUCACAAUCGUAAAAAAUUCUUUUAUAUUACAUAAUUAAAUGAAUCAUACAUAUUAUUAACCCAUACAAUGUUUUUCCAGAUUCCCAAAAGCAAUAAAUGAACUUUUCAGCUCUUUUGUAUUUCUUAAAUGUCUCGUUAGCUUAAUAGUCUUGUGCUGCAGCGUUUUUUAAAAUUCACAAACCAAAAUAUCAAUAGAAUUUUUAAUUAUGAUACUUCAUGUUCUUUCUGUCAGUACGCAGCACUUCAUUUACUCCUGGUGCGAUAAAUUCAUAUAUUGUACAUAAAUAUAGAAAAUACAGAUUAACCCUUUCGUUACGAGCGCCGACCUGUGUGUACGAGCACCGAUUAUAGUCGGUAACGAGUUCUACUAUAUCUGCAGAGUAUCUCUUGAUUUUAUUAACUCAGAAUACCGAAGACUGUCGACGCGCAGUGUAUCUAUGUACACACUUUUUAGGCACGGUGCCGCGUACAGUGGCGGUACAACGGCGGAGCAGACUGCCGUCGCGAAAGGGUUAAUAAUGUUUGUGACAAAUCGCACAUACAGAGCACAGAAAACAGAGAAAUUUUACAAUUUCUACGAAACGGGAUCCUAUCAUGUGUGACGUACGUCGCUUCCCGGCGUAGCCUAUAAAUAAAUCCUCGGCUACUCCCAACGUUUUAAAAUCCAAAUAUCGUGCAUCAGGUGCAGCUUCCCCUUACUCCUACAGUCGAUUUUUCCAAAUUUCCCAGCUGCUUAGCCUCAGCGCGCUGGAAAUAAUAAAGGGGAACACGAAGGCGACCAGAGAGAAUUCCUGUGGUGUCCCCACUCUUACCUUUAUUCCGAGUUUUACCCAACUUAUAUUACAGACUCGUCAUCUAAAGUUCACCUUAUCUGUGCGUAGGUAACGCACUGCAGAUUCACAUUAAUUCUACCUUAACCCUACCUGUACCGUAGAAUUGUAUUUGACCUUAUCUCUUACUCCUUACUCGGUACCUUAUCCUACACUUAUCAUACUUUAACCUUAUACUUAUAUUAAUCUUAUUGUCAUUUUAUUUUUGUGUUAAGCAUUAAUCGAAAUUGUACAAAGUGUUUUUUUCAAAGGGCGUUAUGGAGAUUAACGCGAAGAUUGAAUAUGAUUCCGUAAUUUACGGAAGGGUAAAUCGUUCGAGGCUGAUCUGGCGAGUGAAGAAAUUUAAAUGCAUUCUGAGACGAUGGAGUCGCGUCAGGUUGUUUCACAAGAAGAAACUUAAGCUCCCUUAGAGAACGUUCAGAAGUCGUGUGAGGCGUGUAUAAAUUUUAAAAAUUAUUUUUCAUUUAACUUUGUAAUUUUUUUUAUCUACGCAAGAGGAAGUACAGUUCUCGCUAGAGAACAUUUAGGAAUCGCAUGAAGUGUGAAUUAAUUUUUAAAAUUUUUUCCUAAUUAAAAAUAUUUUUUAAAUUUCUUUACAGCUUCUGGACAUGAGUCGCAGUCCGUCAGUAUCUGUUAAGGAUGCAGAUAUUUCUUCCUGGAACAUAUGUAAGGGUAUACAGAUGGACGCUCCAUCCAUCAUAUCGAAUGAUGAGAUCACCGACUUUUUGUUUCUUUUUAUUGACCCAUAAUAUGUAGCUGGGUUAAUCAUAUUAAGAAAUGUGUUGAGUGGCGACGAAAUGUCGAUACGGCAAAAGCUGAGGGAUCUGACUUCGAAUCGAGCGCUGAGAAUGCGUCUGCAGAAGCUCAAGAGGCUAUUCCACAGUCAGUACCAGCAGCAAGAUCGCAAGAAACAGUGGAAGAAGAUCCACACUCUCUUGGUCUGCCGGAACCUGAGUUCUCCCUAGGAACCUCGGAUUCCCUGGAAUUCCUCCUCACGGAUGUCAAAAAACCUAGGGCGACCA